AUGUAUAACAAUGAAGAUGAUUCUGUAGAAGGGAAUUCAGGAAAUUUACCUUCUUAUGAAGACGAUUUUUUAUUUAAUACGACGGGAAAAGAUCAUGACGAGGAAGUAAAAGGAAAAGAAAAAAAAAGAGCAGGAGAUAAUAAUAAUAAUAAUAAUAAUAAAAAUUAUGAUAAUAAUUAUGAUUACAAAUAUGAUGACAUUUAUGAUAUUAUAACGAAUCCUAUUAAAGAAAGUGAGAUGAAAAAUGAAAUGAAAAUAUCAGACAUUAAUAUAAAUAAUGAUAAUACAUCAACUUUAGUUGUAAAUUAUCGGAAAAAAAAAAGAACCAACUUAAAUGAUUCUUCUUACUAUUCAUUAAAGUUACCAAAAUUUAUAGAUGUAUGUUUAGAUAUAAAAAAAAAAAAUAGAAACAUAAAUGAUGCCAAGGUAAAUGAAGAUGAUAUAAAUAAGAAUAAUAAUAUAUAUUUGAGUGGCAAAGAAGAAAACAAUUCUUUUAAUAAAUAUUUUUUUGACGAAGAUGAUCAUAUAACAUUAUUGAAUAAAAAAAAAAAUGGUUCCAUCGUACAAUGGAUAUUUGAUAAUCACUUAUAUGAACAAAUGAAGUGUCAAAAAAAAGAAAAAGAAAAAGAAAAAGAAAAAAACAUAACCGAUAUUAUAAAUAUGAAUAACAAUAUUGAUACAUAUGAAAAAAUGGAAGAACCAAAAAAGGAUUCAUUACACAUAUCGUCAACUAAACAAAAAUUAAAUAAUAACAACAACGACAAUAAUCAUAAUAAUAAUUAUUAUUAUGUUGAUGAUGAAGAUAGUAAUGAUGAGGAUGUAUUCCAUGUUAAAGACUUACUAGAUAAAUAUGAUAUAGAAUAUCUAAGUGACAGUGAUUAUAUGACUACUUCAACUAAUGAAUCUGAUGAUGAAAAAAAUAUUUUAUUAAAAAAUUUAGAACAUCUAGAAACAAAUUCUUUUAUUGUAGAAUAUGGUAAUGGACAGCACUUUCUUUUUAUAAAUGAUAAAACGUAUAUGUUAGAACAAGAUAAAGAAACAAAUUAUUUAAUCGAAUGUACUGAUGAAAAUAUUAUGCCUAUCCAUGCUAAAUUAAAAAAUAAGUUCUAUAUUAAAUCAUUAACAAAAGAGGACAAAGUUCAUCCUUCAGAUUUGAAGUUACAAAAAAGUCAUGUAUUCUAUUCACUCAACAAUCAUAAAAUAUGA